CUUUAAGAGCCUACUUGUUGCAUACUCUCUAAAAUACACUGUAACAAAAUGGUUAUCAAAGUGUUUCUCGCCUCUUCAUCGGGAUCCACAGCGAUCAAGAAGAAGCAGCAAGAUGUGGUCGGCUUCUUGGAGGCUCUUAAAGUGGACUACACUCAGCUGGACAUCGCCUGUAAUGAGGACAACCGAAUGUGGAUGAGGCAGAACGUCCCUGAGGAGAAGAAGCCCACCAACGGCAUCCCCCUGCCCCCACAGAUCUUCAACGAAGAGAGCUACUGUGGAGACUAUGAAACGUUCUUCGAUGCUAAGGAAGACAAUGCUGUUUAUUCCUUCUUGGGACUGCCCCCUCCUCCUGGAUCAAAGGAAGCACAACAGGCUGACAUGGCAAACAUUGUGGAGAACGGAACCCAUACUGAGGAAGCUAAUGCAGAAGAAAACGUUGAUGAUUCCACAGAGGUCCCAGAGGAAGAACGUAAUGGGGAUGCACAUGGAGAGGAGGAGCAGGAACAGGCUGCUGAUGAAGAAGAGGGUGAGGGUGGCGAGGAGGAGGAGGAGGUAGAAGAAGCAGAGACAGCGGAAGAUGAAGCCACGGAAGGGGAAACAGCAGGAGACGAGGAGGCCCACGCAGAGGAAGAAGAAGAACAGCCUGCUGACCUGCUAUCUGUUAUCCCCUCUAGGAAGAAGAAGAGCUACGAAAGCUUGAGGUAG